AUGCUGAUGCCGGAGGAUGGGGAGAGCUCCAGUAAGGGCCGGGGACUCCUUAAAGUGCCGUCGCGAUCGUCAUCCCAGCAGAGGAACCAGUCUUCGCCGACCACGACCGGCUUGAGCGGCGCUACCAUUACCGAUCCGCGGAGCAGCAUCGGCAGCAGGUCCAGAGAGUCCAAGGGAAGCUUUUUGGAUAGACAGCGAAACGGCAGCUCCAGUGGCGAUGCCGAGCCAGCUCGCGCAACCGAGGUUUCGCAGCCCAGCUCUCCAUCAGCAAGCGAGCAGAAACGGAAGAGGAAGAAGAGCAGUGGGUUCCUGGCUCUCCUGGGAUGCUGCGGCGUGCCCGACUCGGCGAACGCCGUCGACUCUCCUCAGGGAAUUCAUAAACUGGAUAAACUACCCCCGAGGCCGAUAACAGCCAAGUCAAGGACGCAGACGCCCCAAGACCAGACCCCGACGAAGCAGAGCAGCGAAAAGCCCCCCGUUCCAGCAACCACCGCUCCCCCGGCCAAGGAUCAUGGCGUCCCGUCGAGCAGCGCUCAGGGCCAGACCAAAGUGGAGGAGGAGCCGACGACUCAAGAAUCAAAAGACGUCGCCCCGGCCGUUACCGUCGACCCUCCGAGCCCUGUAGAGCCGAACGAAGAAGUUCGAGAAAUAGAAGAGGUGGUCGACGACGUGGAGAUGCGAGACGUGCCAGCAGUCGAGGAAGCCCGGGACGUGCAGCCCGAGGUCGUACAACAGGAGGCCCACGAAGCUGCGCUCCCCCCUCCGCCGCCUGGCCCGGCCCCCGGCCCUCUGGUGACCACAGCGCUCCCCCUCACGGAUGAGGGCCCUUCGGCACCAGAGCCUCAGAAGUGGCUAUUGCCACCCAUCACCCCGGAGCUCAAAGGAAGGAAAUGUCUAGUUUUGGACCUUGACGAAACCUUGGUUCACAGCUCAUUCAAGAUUCUUCAUCAAGCCGACUUCACAAUACCGGUUGAAAUAGAAGGCAAUUAUCAUAACGUGUAUGUCAUUAAGCGACCUGGUGUAGACGAGUUUAUGAAGAGAGUCGGAGAGCUUUACGAAGUAGUCGUCUUUACCGCAUCAGUCUCCAAGUACGGCGAUCCUCUGCUAGACCAAUUAGAUAUACACAACGUUGUUCAUCACCGUCUAUUCCGAGAGAGCUGCUACAACCACCAAGGAAACUAUGUCAAGGACCUUUCGCAAGUUGGACGAGAUUUGAAAGACACCAUCAUCAUCGACAACUCGCCUACCUCCUACAUAUUCCACCCCCAGCACGCUGUUCCGAUCAGCAGCUGGUUUUCUGACGCGCACGACAACGAGCUGCUGGACCUUAUACCCGUUCUCGAAGACCUCGCCAGCCCCAACGUUGCCGAUGUCAGCCUGGUCCUUGACGUCACUCUCUGA